AUGGAGGAGGGUAGAGAUGGGAGGUUGAAGGAGAAGGCAAGCGCGACCCGACCAUCUCUGAAAUCCGAUACUCCGUUCAACAAAUAUCAAUUGUGGAAGCACAAGUUGAGAGACAAUUGCUACAAAAGGGUGCGAGAGGACCGAACUCGCUUACUCUGGAAAUUCAGAUUGAACGAACAGCAACAGCAACAGCAACAGGAUGACACUGUGAAGUCUGCAUUCAAGGAUAUUGUAUCCCAUGAAUUCGACAAAAUGAAAACGGAUGAGCUGUUAUGGGAGUAUGAAGGUCCUCCCGACACUGCUUACCAUGAUGAAUAUGAAGAAAUACUCUUAGAAAUGGAAAGGAUAUUUUAUGAAGAUCUCAAAUCCCAACCACCCUUAGACAUACCAAAAGAUUUAGAAAGCUACGUUGAUACUUGGGAACAUGAAGUGGAUGAGUACUUGGCUCGUGCAGUUUAUGAGCAUAUGCAGCUAAGUGAAGAUGAGGCGCGUGGGAAAGAGAUUUGGUGUCCCAUUUGUAAGCAAGGACAGCUUAAAGACAGUUACAAUCUUAUAUACUGCUCUCGUUGUGAACUUCAACUAAACAAAGCUAGUGAGCUUACUUUGGACUUUUUGCGAGAUCGGCUGGCUGAAGUCCACUCGGAGCAUCUUGACAGAGGCUGCAGAUUGAAACCCAAAUUUUAUAUGAAGACAAAAUUUAAUUUAACUGCACUGUACAUUUCAUGUGAAGCUUGUGACACAUUAGAGGUUGUGAUAUAA